AACUGUCUACGUAUUCAUACUCAUUCAUAAGAUUUAUGUGUUUUACAGUUUGCGUUCUCGGCACAAUAAAACAUAACUGAGUAAACAGCUGAAGAGUUUUGAUAACAGCACGUAGCCGUUUAUCUAGUCUAUUCCACACUGCAUGGUGACAGUUAUGUCUCAGAAUUAACUCUCAUUAAAAAAAUUGUGUGUGAAUUUUGAAAAAGCUUCAAAGUUCAACAACAGUGAACAGGUUCUGUAACAUGACAAUAAAAUAAAAAUUAAGAUUUGCAGCCUUGGGUUCAUAUCACAUCUGAAACUUCUUCCUCUUCCUCCUCUGCCUGCAGCCUGUUGAACGCACCUCCGGCUGCAGACGACAGUUUGCUUUCAGAUCAAUCAGUAAAAGAUGUGCAGAUAACAGUCGGUGAUCGAGCGGGACGCCACUGAGCGCUGUGGAUGUAUCUGACCAACUGAAGCUACUUUUUGGGCGUAAUUCCUCCUUUAGCAGCCGGAAAUGAAACAUUCCAGACAUCUGAUUUUAUCGAGAUGUGCGUCUGCAUGAGAAAUGUAAGGCUUCCGUACGCGCAAUGAUUGCGCACAUCUUUUUGCUGGAACGUGUGUGCGUGUGCUGCGAAGAGCUCGGAUCCAACAAACACUGAGGCCUGAGGAACUCCACAGCAGCCCAGUUGGACCGUCCGUACACUUUGACACUGAUGUUUCCCCACCUGGAUCCAGGAGACACACCUGAGCCGAAACCAACAGAACUGAGACAGCGUGUUUAUGAAGGGCCACAUUCAGCAGCAGGUGAAAAUGCCCCGACGGUUGAAUCCCCCUGGUCGUGUCACCAUCACCAUCACCGUCUUCCUUCUCAUUGGGCCGUAUGGGAUAUACAGGAUCCACCAGUCCUUGCUCCAGAUCAGACUAAGUACUGAACCUCAGAUCAAAGUGCAACCCACAGUGCCUCCUCAGUGUGCUGCAGGAAAACUGGUUUCUCAGGGGGAAAAGAUGUCUCUCGUAUCAGUCAACACGACGAAGACGUUGCUGGUAUCAGCCUAUCAGGAGCACCGCAGAGGAAACAAGGAGGUUCGUGUUAUUGCAGUGGUGCAGAGGAGCGAGGCAGUCGACUACCACUGCCUCCUCUGUUGUCAGGAUCAACUGCACAUCUCAAACGGUGUCUGCAGUAUCCACACGGACCACUUUGACUUUGCAUAUGGGACAGCAGACAUCAUGUGUCCUCUCCCCUCAGCCUGUGAGACUGUGUCUCAUAUCACUGUGAUCUCUGCUGCAGCCAAGACUGAAGAUAAACUGGACAAAGAGUUUAUAGAGGUGAAGAACCAGAAGCCGGAAAGUGACUCCUUUCCUCACAACUUCACCGUCUGCCUCUCCACCAUGUUCGAUUUCACCAACGCUCUGCAGCUGGUCCAGGGUUUGGAAAUGCUGCAGUUACUGGGAGUGGACCGAGUUGUCAUCUAUAAGACCAGCUGCAGCCCUGAAGUACAGCUCAUACUGGACUACUACACCCACAAAGGUUUAGUGGAGGUGAUUUCUUGGCCUGUGUCCAGAUUUCUGAAGGUAUCUCGAGGCUGGCUGCCUGAAGUGGAUCCAGGUGACAUCCACUACUUUGGCCAGAUUCCUGCUCUCAGUGACUGUGUCUACAGAUACAUGUACCUGUCCAAAUACGUGGCCUUGCAUGACAUUGACGAGCUCAUACUGCCCCAGUCAGUCGACAGCUGGUUGGAGUUGUUGCCACUGCUGGAGACGAAAUAUGGAGCUGACCUGUGUUACAUGUUUGAAAAUAACGUGUUCCCCAACACCAUGCAGCCUCAUUCCAAAACCCUGCCAAGCCUCUGGCCCAAUGUGUCCGGGGUGGACAUCCUGGCUCACCUGUACCAGGAGCCUGUCAUUAAGGAGACUUUUAGCUUAAACUUCAAGAUCAUUGUCAACCCCCGCGUUGUGUACACUCCCACCGUCCAUGGAUUGCUGGCCUCAGAGAAAGGCUGCGCCUGGGUUGACAGGAAUAUGGCGCGGAUGUACCACACAAGAGCUCCGAAACAACCCGACCUGAGCCCAGACCAGCUGAUCUAUGACGACAGACUGAUGAGCUACAGCGCCCGCCUCAUACCAGCUGUAAGUACCGUGCUCAGUAAGAGUGGACUUCUACCAAAGGGCAGCAAACAGUAGCCACUGUUCAUGUGUGUCAUAGACUGUAUAUGAAAAGCUGUGUGUGUACACUCCUGUACUGUACUAUCCUUGUGAGAAACAAUCUGACAUUUGGGAAGUGAGGGAAUUUUGUCCAUUCAAGACUUGAUUUUCUGGCUAAGGAUCCUUCUAGACAUGUUUCAAGACACAAAAAUACUCUUUGAAUAAUGUUUAGUGUGUGAUGUGGUUUUUCCACAAAAAAAAGUUCUGUUACCUCCUUUAAAACUUGGUUUUUACAGUUAUUAUGAAAUAAUCAGUGUGUGUGUGGUUGUUGGUGUAUGUGUCUAAGUCUAAACCCAUAACCAUGUAUGUGUGUGUGUGCUGAGACUAAUCUGUCUCCUAAAACUCAGGACGUGGACUUAAAAGAACCAAGAAGCUUCAUCUUUUCAACACAGGGAGAGGAAUUAUUCCACAGGGAUUUAUGUUUGAAUCAUUUAAGAGAAGAUAAAAUACACCUUUAUUGGACCCACAAUUGGGAAAUUGCAUUUAAUUGCAUUUAAAUUGCAUUUAAUUGCCUGAUGUACGUGGAUUUUUCUUGGAGAUCUAACUGUAUGUGAAUGAGCGUAGAGAUUCUUGAAGGUCACAUCCUCACGCUAACAUGGUCUCUCAGAAAGCUUCAUGCACUUCAUCUUCAAAAAACGCUUGAAGAUGCACAGAACUGACUUGCACAGUAAACAGCACUGGUCAAGUGGCUGAGUAAGGCCACAAGGGAGAAGUGACUGUGUUUGUGGGACAGUUCACACAGUAUAGAAGACAGGAAAUGAGGGAGAGAGAGAUGGAGAAUAAGACAUAAUAAAGGUAUCUGACACUGGUUCAUGGUGCUGCCCUCACAGACGUCGUUUGCAAAAUAUUUACAUUUGUAAAUGACUCGGUAAAAUAAUCAGAUGGUUUUUUUAAUGGAGCUUCCUUUUUGCACAAAAGGCGGUUUAGACUUCAUGUGUCAUGUCAUGUCUGUCAUUUCUGUCCUUGCUUCACUUGUUUGGGGUUUUUUUCAGCUUUAUACUGGAUCAUUUUUCUUGGGUGAUUGAAAAGUGAUUAAUUCUGUUUAGAUUGAUUUGAGAAGCAGGAUUUUAAAUGUUUGCAGACAGUGAAACAUUUUUCUGUUUCAGAUACACCACUUCAGUUUCAGUGAACGGACCUUUAAACUGAUUUCAUUUACUUUUCAUAGGUUGAUGUGAUUUUAAAGGACAAUCCAUAUGUAAUGUUAGACCACAGAGUAAAGUGUGGUCAGCAUUAGGACGUUUUGUACAAAGAUGAAGGAAACAUAAAGAUAAACUUGAAACUGUUGCUGCAUUUUUUUUUUAUUAAUUGAACUUUUGUUUAUUAAGUUAUUGUGGAGCAUCACUAUCUGGAGCAAAUGCUGUUGUAAAUGACCAAUAAAGGGUUUGGACUGGAAGACA